UUCAGAAGCUGGGCUUGCAUCGUUCUUCCAGUCCGCUAGAGGCGUCAAAGAACAGAAACACCCUUCAGAACUCGCCUCUGAAAGUCAACGACACAGAAGGGAACGAGGAAGUGUUGCAGAAUAUUUAUUUCUCUACUAAACUCAUAUUUUCAUCUAUUGUAUGUUCGGUGGUUGCGAUGGAAACCCCUGAGCCCGGCCAGGCAGAUGGAGAGGAGCGUAUGAUGGACCUGAGACCCAGGACCCGGUCCAAUCCGGAGGGUGCGGAGGACCGGCGCAGCAGCACUGGAAGUCUGAACAACAGUAGCCUGGCCUCCCCCCCGCAGCCGGCCGUGGGCAGCCGUGUAGAGGGUGAGGGAGAGGCGGCCAGCUCCGAUAGCCCACCAAUAUCUGCCACCACCAUCCCAGCCGCUGCCCCUGCCACUGCCCCUGCCCCUGCCCCUGUAGCGGCGACAGGAAUCAGCACAGUCAGUAUGCCUACGCUGGCUUCUGCAGUGAAGGAAAGGCCUAAACCCCCUCAGCCAUCCAUGGCCGCCCAGAUCCCGCCAUCAGCAGAGUUACACCUGCGGGCACCACGGGUCAACUGCCCCGAGAAAGUCAUCAUCUGUUUGGACCUUUCAGAGGAGAUGUCUCUACCAAAACUGGAGUCCUUCAAUGGAUCCAAGACAAACGCCUUAAAUAUUUCACAGAAAAUGAUUGAGAUGUUUGUGAGAACCAAGCACAAGAUUGACAAAAGGCAUGAGUUUGCUCUGGUGGUGGUGAACGAUGAUGCCAUGUGGUUAUCGGGCUUCACCUCUGACCCGCGAGAGCUGUGCAGCUGUCUGUACGACCUGGACACCAACGUCUGCGAGUCCUUCAAUCUGGAAGAUUUCCUCAAUGUCAUUUUGCAGAAAAAUCGAACUUCCUCAGAUGGAGAACAUCCAGACCAUCCCGCCUCCUUUUUGUAG